AUGUCCGUCAAAAAUCAGAUCUUAACACAUAGACACAAAUCCGAUUCGCCAUCCACGACUACAACUACUGCAGGUACCAAAAUCUAUUAAAUAUUAAAAUCUUAUACAUGGAUAAUGUAAAAUCAAGUAUAUGAGUACAAUUUAGUUAGGUAACUACUUACCUAUUUAUUAAUUAUAUACUUGUGCAAAGGCGAUAGGCACCUGUAGGUACCUAUAUAUGGCUGCAUAUAAAUAUAUUGGCCUGUAGGCUCCAAAAUGUUAACCCGAAUGAUGAUCGCUCGGUAUUUUUUUAAAUUAUAUUUUAUAAUAAUUUAAAGGAAAAUCUGUAUUUUUUUCCGUAGGUAAACGUGGUAUACGUAAGUGUACUACAACAUAUAUUUUUCUGUUUUCAUUUGAACAACACACGAUAUGAUACCCAUGUUUUCGUCCCAAUGUCGAUCGUUGACGGUCCACAUUUUUUGUUCAUUUGAUUUUUCAUCAUUGUCAAACACACGUGAAACAUAUAAAUUUAUUACACGUUUUUCCAUUCUAACGUACCGAUUGAUCUAGUGAAGCGAUAUGUAUAAUUUCUGGAAAUACAUUUGAGUUUUCUGUCAAGUCUGUGACUUGAGAUCGACUUUCCCACGUUUUUAUUUUAUUCAUUGAAAUUCCCCGAAAAAUAUCAGCGGGUAAUUCAAAAAUUGAAUAUUUAAAUUUUUGGAGAAAAAAAAAUCACAAAACUGGUAAAGAGUCGACCUGAAGUGGACUUGACGACGACGAAUUCAAAUUAUCUGUUUCCAAAAUUUUUACCGCAUCGCCAGACCGAUCGGCACGUUGAUAUGAAAACACGUAUAAUUUCCUAUAGGUAUGUUGCGCUUGUGUUAUUGUCAAACAAAUCACGCGUGUCUUUGUCAGACGGAAAUUCGCCGUUUCUAAUCACUUCUUUUUCCCUUUUAAUUUCUUUCCAUAACCGUUCUAUUUUAAGUGUUAAAUAAGUAGGCAUAUAUAUCGGUAUUCGGUGUACGCUUAGCUGCCUGGGAAGUGUUAAAUCCAGGUAUAUAUCGGGGAGGUGGGGCAAUAGCCCCUUGUAAUUUUGUUUGUUCCCCCUUCUUUGUUAAAUGUUGAUAAAUUAAUAAUUAAACAAAUUUGACAGGUCUUAGUAAGGGAAUUGAUAAAAAUAGUAGAAAAAAAUAAAAAUUGUCUGGAUUCAAUACUGCGCCUAGGUAGGCAUUCAAAUAUACAAUAUAUUAUUAUAGUAGCGGGGACAGUUUUAUAAUGUAUCAAAAAAGCAUCUACAUAAUAAUCUCGUGAUUUCCAAUAAUAUUAUGCAAUAUUUUGUUGUUUUCAAUAUUAUUUAUACAAAGUUCACUUUGUACGCGAUUUUAUCGUUUAAAAAUAAUAAUUAUUAAAUAUUAUUAAUAUUAUACCGUGUAAAAACCGUUGUGCCCCGACAUUAUAAUAAUAAUUAUAUAUUAUAAUAUGCGGCCAAGGUUGAAAAAAAAUUAUAUUUAGUUAUUUAGAUAUUUAUGAAGCCUAUUAUACACAAUGAAAACGAAGAACAAACUUCUACAUAAUAUGAUUCGGUUUUCGUAUAAAUGUGUGAGAAAACCUUUUUUUUUUUUGGUAUCUAUUUACCAAAAAUUACACCGAGUACCCGUACUGAAAUUAAAUUUGUGUUGCUAUUUAUAGAUAGUUAAUAAUGUUAGUAUAUUUUAUUAAUUGUACAACUACAAUUUUUCUUAAUAUAUUUGAAAUAUUAUUAUUCAAAAUGUUUUUAGAUUCAAUGAAUCUAAAUAUUUUUUUAGAUUUAGUGUAGCGAAGAAUGUAUUUGUUUUACAAAGAGGUUUAUUUUUUUUUUUCUACUAGAAAGCUUAUUCCGAUUAUCAAGUAUAGCACUUUUUCUGAAUGGAAAUGUUCUCUGGGUGGAAAAGAUCAUUUUUUGAAAUCCUCAUUAAUAAUCGAGAUAAUGAGGAAAAUAUGAUUCUUUAGGUUAAAAAGGAUUGAAAGAUUAAAAAUAAGGUUUUUGUUGGCAACAGUUUUUAUUUAUUUUUUGUUAUUAUCAAGUUUUUAUUAUUUCAAUUUUUUUAAAUAAUUAUUGUUGCCCUGGAAACGCACAUAGUUGAAUAAGCAAUACUAUAGACCGAGCUGUAUUAAAACAAAUUUCGAUUUCAAUACAUUAUUUUAACUAUUAAUCUUUAUAUUAUAAUUCUUUAUUCUAUACUUAAGCAUCACUAUCAACUAAACUCCGUUUAAAAUCGUUUUCAGUAAGCAAUGGUUUAUAUCCUCUAUAAUCUAUUUCCUACCUUCUCAACUUCUCACCAACAACAGUAGCUGCACCCAUCGUACGAAGUAUGUCCGUCUUUUUUUCUUUUGACUAGCGGGUAAGUUGACAAAAUUAAAUGUUAUGAGGAACCUAAUAGUGACAGAAUUUUGGCGUACUGUCAAGGAUUACAAAAAUCACUCAGGAAGCAAAGACCUGAGAGAGCUUUGCCCGCACGCCGCUAACAUUAUAAAAAAAAAAUAAAUUCAAUCAUAAUAUCAUAUUAUUAUUAAUAUAAAAUACAUUAUAAAUCUUUAAAUGAAUUACAACAAAGAACAAAAUUGAAAAUAAAAUAAGCAUUAUUUUCGUAAAUUGUCUUGUUUUUCUUACGUUUUACCUUGGGUUUUCUUGAUAUUGUGAAAACUGCUUGGAAAAUCAAAAAAUAAAUCUUAAUGUACCAUCUAGUCAAUAUGACAAUAUUUUCUUUAAAAAAAAAGUGCUACACUUACAUAUUGAAACAAGAUUUCUGGUAGACAUUUUUUUCAUAGUAUAAAAAAAAUUGUAAAUUCAAUCGGUACAUUCUUUGCUACACUCAGAAUCUAAAAUUAAAAUUAAAAUUAUCGUUUUCAAUUUUGAUUCUAAAAGGUAUAUAUUUUUAUUAUAUCUUUGCAAAUCGAUUGUUCUCAUCAAUUAGUUUUUCAUAAUUCUAUCUCACACUUGAGAGAAAAUUUUAAAUUUAUAAAUGGGAAGUGUUUCAUUAUUGUUUCAUUCAAAGUAUUUCCAAGAUCCAGGAUUCAUCUUUAUGGCAUUUAGAACCAGUUACUUUUGUACUUAUUUGUACUUAAGAAUUAUGGAUAUUUUGUAUAACAAAAAAGAACAUCACACGGCAUUUAGAGGGGGGGUCGCUCCCCUCGCCCCCCUAAGGGACGUGCCUGUACACCAUAGAAUAUAGAUAAAAUCACGAUAGUUCUAUUUCUUAUCAAAGAUAUAACUGAAAAAUAUUAAAUUUAACAAAAUUAUUAUCUAUUUAAAACGUUGCAUUUUAAAAACUAAAUACUAUUUUGAACGGUAGAUAAACUAUUUUUAUUUAACUUAAAGAAUUAUACGCAGCGUACCUUCGUUAGUCGCCUCCCGUGGUCAAAAAGGUCGAUAAUUUUAAUACGAAUUGCCUCCCGGAUACAUACCAGUCGCCUCCUUGCGUACCCUAAACUUUAUCGUAAACGAAAAGAAUCUACUGCUAGUCACCUCCCAAUAUUCAGGUAAAAAAUGUAUAAGCGGUUCAUAAACGAUACAAAAAUGUUCGUACAGCAUACAUCAAUAUAUAAAUCUGUUUAAAUAGUUUAUCAUGUAGUAAUAUUAUGUUAGUUGUUAUUUAAAAUUAAUUGAUAACCUAUCAGCCAGCAUUGGAUUUUGGGUUUAUACAUUCAAAAUCGAAAUUUAUGACAUUUGUGCAUUGAUAUGAUUGUACGACUAAUAUUCAUAAUUACCCUCUUGUGUAAUGAUAACUGUUGUUGGGUAGCUGAGUUUUAAUACAUGUCGUACGAUUGUAUUUUUACAAAUAAUUAUUAAGUGAUUUUAAAUUUUCUAAUAAUAAUAUAAUUGGUCAAUAAAAAAACAUGUACAUGAACAGACAACAGUACUUGUUCAGAUAAUGACUAUUAUGGUUCAACUUAUUUUUGUUCAAUAUGAUUUGAUCACUUUCAAACAAAAUUAGGUGAACUAUUGCGGUAGGUAUGUAUCAUUAAUGUCAAUUUGUUUGUUCCUGUAGACCACAGAACCCUGCAGCUGUUAAUACAACCAACAGAGUCUGAAAAAAGAUUAUUGGCGAAAAUUUUGGAUAAUGAAUUCACUUGCUCGAUUUGUUUGGAAUUACUGAAAAAGGUUUGCAAUUAUUAUAUAUGAGAUUAUAUUAUUUUAUAGGUACCAUACCAUAUCAAUUAUUUUAAUUUUUGACUGUUUAAAACGUUUUAAAAAUUGUUGUAUAAGACAUAUUAAACACUAGGAAUUGUUUAAAACACUUCGCAACCCUGAUGGCUGAUUUUAGUAUAAAUAUGCGUUAUUUACCUACGCUUUGAUCAAUUAUUACUUUAUUUUUAAGUGGCCAAGUAUAAGCAAAUUGUAUUAUUAUCAUUCGUAUUUGAGUCCAGAGACGUUCUUAAAAAGAAAUCAUAGGAGGUGUAGUCAUUAAAUUUGCCGACUAGAAUUUAAAAUGUUUAAUUUUUGUUAAUAAUAAUAGUAACUAAUUGUUAUAAAACCAUAUAUAAAAUUUAAAAAAUAUUACAAUAAUUGUGUUAAUGUUUAGAUUCAGAGCGAACGAGGAAUGUAUUGGUUUUACAAUGAUGUUUAUCAUUAUUAUUUUUUUUUUUACAGUGUAUACAAUUUCUAUCAGAAAACUUGCUUCAAUUAUAUAGCACCUUUUCUAACAGGAAAUUUUAUCUAGUUUGUAUUUUAUAGAGGUCAUUUUUUGAUUUUCCGAGCAUUUUUUAUAAUAAUUGGAAAUACCUGAAAAUUUACGAAAAUAAUGCUUUUAUUAUUUUAGAUACUGAUUGGAGCAAACAAGCUUAUAGUUUCACAAAGAUGUUCAUUUUCUUUUUAUCUUUUCUACCUGAAAACUUUCUCAGAUUUUUAAGUGUAGCACCUUUUCCGUGGGGAGGUACUUUAAAGAAGUCAUUUUUCGAUUUUCUCAAGAGUUUUCCUAGCAAAUGUGAAAAACCGGGAUAAAAGAUGGAAAAACCGGGAAAACCGGGAAAAACGUAAAAAACUGGGGAAACUCGGUACAACAUUAAAUAAAUAUUAUUAAAGAAAUAUAUAAGCCUAUUUAAUUAUUUUACUAUAAUAUGAUAUUUUCCGAUUAGAAUUAUUAUUGAUACUAUGAAACGGAACGUCGCUAAAAAUGUAAAAUAAGAGAUAAGUGCCUAGUUAUGUUUAGUUACCAUGUACAGUUGUACCGACUACCGCUAAGCUGCCUCAACACAGUACAUAGCCGCCCAGAAAUAUCAAGUUAAAAUAUGUUUGAAUAUUAAUUAUAUUUUAGUCAAACAAAUUUACCAAGUGACGAUUUCCGACUGAAAUUCUAAUUUUGUUGAAUGUGGGAGGUGGUGUGACGCACCCCUUCAUGACCCACCAUCGGUUAAUCCUUGUAUAUGACACAGACACAGUUUUCCUUCUUCUCCUUUGCCUUCAUUCCAACUAUUUGGGGUCGGCUACCCUCGUUCUAAACUUCCACUUGAUCUGAUCUUCCACCUUGAACAUACCAGUUUUCCUCAUAUCAGGGGCGCUAUGUAUGGGGAACUCGAAGGCUGUGCCCCCCCCCCCUCAUGAAAUUGAUAAACUAAGACAAUAAAGAAUAUAUGGCAAGAUUCUGGUAUAAGUGGUAUAACUGUAUAUGAGUAUAUAAAAUAGUGAGCCCCCCAUGAUAUUUUCAAAACCCCCGCAUAUGACACAGUCGAUAUAAUAUUAUUAUAUUGCUAGUUGACCCGGUAAUGCUUUGCUAUUAGAUACUAGAUAAUAUAGUGUAAAUAAUAGCUAUGAUAAUUAUAAUAGUUUUCUUGUCCGUAAAAAUCAAAUUAUAAUUGAUCACCAAAGUAGCCCUUGAAUAAACAAAAAUAAAUAUAUAAACAAUAUAAAAAAAGCUGUCCUAGGAUAAUACAGCCACUGUAAUUGGUGAGAAGUUGGGAAAUUAGCUGACGGGAAACUGAAUGUAUAUCUGUACACAGUGAUUAACCAUUUGCUAACGAAAAAACGAUUCUGAACGAAAUUCGGUUGAUAGUGUUGCUUUGUCAACAAUAUACAUGCCAUAUUAUCGUAAAUAAUUACAUAGGCAUUAUAUAUUUUAUUCAAUAAUAUUUGUUUAAUAUUAUACCUAUUUUCCCGUUUUUCCACAGUUUUUCCCAUUUAUUGGGAAAAUGCCUAGGUAAAUCAAAAAAUGGCCUCCUUAAAGUACAAUCCCAGUAAGAUUUCCUUCCCGAAAAAGUGUUAUUAUUGUAAAUCUGAGCAAAAUUGCUGAUAGAAAAGUUGUUCACAGAUUAAAAAAAAUAAACAUUAUUGUAAAACCAAUACAUUCCUCGCUCCACUAAAUCUAAAAUAUUUGGUACCAAAACUACCUAAAAACCUCUAAUUUACUUCCUUAGUGGUUGAAUUUUUAAAAAUUCUUUCUUAUCGGAUGCCUACUUUAUAAUAGUCAUCUGUAUGCAAAAUUUCAGCCCAAUCCGUUUAGUGAUUUUGGUUGUGCGAUGAUAAAUCAGUUAGUCAGUCAGUCAGGACAAGUUAUUUUAAAUAUCUAGAUAGAUAUAGCUGCCCCCCCCCCCCCNCCCCCCCCAUCACGGCUUCUUCGCUCAUAGUCUUUUUUUUUUAUAAUUGCACAGGAAAUUAAGAGACAAUAAUAAUAACAAUAAACUGUGAUAACAAUAACAAUAAUGAUAAAUAUCCUUGCAUUGAUUAUUACAAUACAUAUUUUUUGUGUAUAAUGAUGAGUAAUAUAAACAUGUAGUAAAGUAUUGCAAUUUUCGUAGGGAUCUUUAAUUUUUUUGAAAAUAAAAUACAGCUCGUGCUAUUCGCUGAUUAUGUAGCUUCUAAUAGAUGAAAGAAGUUUUAAAAUUGAUUAAGUAGAUUUUGAGGUUAUCCAUUGUAAACAAACAUACAAACAAAUAUUUUCUCUGUAUUAUACUAGUUUAGAUAGGUAGGUACAUACUACAUAGUGAUGAGUGUUGUGUACAUUCGUUUGGUAUUCGGUUAAAUACAGAAUAUCAAAAUAGUAAGCGAUUAAAAAUCAUUUCGUUACAUUUACUUCGAUAGAUCGUUUUCCAUAAAUAUUUUAUUUUAUUUCUAUGAGAAUUCGCACUCUGGAAUAUUAUUAUAAUUACAUUAUCCAUACGACCGGAAAUCGUUUGUCGAUUGCUACAGAUAUAUACUGCAGGUAAGGACGUUAUCUACGUGCAUUAUCUGCAGUGUCCUUGAUUAAAUUAAAUUACCUAUUGAAUGAAAUAGCCAAUAGGUUCUAGCAUUGAUUAUAAAUGCUAUUUAUAAUCAAUGCUACUAGGUUAAGUGUAUUAUAUUGUAAUUUGCAAGUUGGUACGUAGGUAAGUACUAAGUAAUCACUACAAUAAUAUUGUAGGUACUAAUUUUUGAAACCUUUCUUGGCGCAAUCUACAGUGUCAACAUAGGUACACAACAGGAAUAUUUAUACCUAAUUAACAUUUCACUAAUAUUUAACACAAAAUAGACAAUAUAAACUAGUGGUCAGUAGAAUACCCGUACGAAUAUUUCGCAUUUUAAAAACAAAUUAAACGCAAAUAUAUAGGAGUGCGCACGGGGGAAACGGGAGAUUUCCCGCCUUAGUUUUAUUAUCAAUGUUUGUAUAUUUUCUAUUAACUACGCGUUACGUGUUUUCUAUAAAAUAAUUAUAAUAAUGAUUUAACUAUACAUCCAAAUCCGUAACUUUGUGUGAGGCGAUUAGAGAGCUGGAAAAACAAUUUGGAGGUUCAGACUCCUAGAUCCCUCCCCCUCAGCUAUGGCCAGUCGCCUCUCCUGCCAAGAGAAGGUAUGCAUGCUUAUGGGUAUAAAAACUAACUGGUUGGUACAUUUCCCUAACAACGGAUUUUCGUUGUCUUCAUAUUAUACACGUAUAGUACAUACUAUAUAUACACUAUAAAUGUAAACCGUUUUGGCGACUGACAGCCUAAAAACAGUGUUUAAACAAAAUUUAGGUACAGCAAUAUUGAGAAUAAAUCAUUUGUCAAAAACGGCGAAUUUAAUCUUUAAAACGGUAUACCUAGUUUAUCGAUUUUGGUGCCUGCAUGAGUUUAGUCUAACCAAUAGGUUUAAAUAGGUAACACAUCAAAAACAUGUUUACGUAGAACGAGUAGAAUUCGUUUGAUUUUGGUUUUAGAGUAAAAGCAUCUUUGUAUAAAACUAAAAGAGUAACAUCCACAGGUUGGCACUGCGGUGAUUAUACAUAUAAAAAAACAAUAUUUUAUUGAAAAGAAAUAGUGAUAAUUUUAAAAUAUUGAAAUUAUCAUUAUGUACUAAGCGUUUUAUCAGGAAUGACGCUGAUAAUAUAAAUUCAACUGAAUAACCUGAAUGACAAGUUCAUUUCAAUGAUAAGUAUAAGUACAUAAAUCAUUUAUAUUUUUUAAAUGUCGAUUAUAAGGCAUAGCUACAAUUUGCCACGUGAAAUCUGAAGCAACAUCGUCUUUAUAAAAUGAAUAGAAUCUAUGAGACUAUUAUACUCCUCUAAUAUUCCACUAUUACUAUUUUCGUAAAUCGUAUAUUAUAAUCUGUUACAUAUAAAUGUAACUCACUACUCAAUGUAGCAGACGAAGGGAUUUAGAGAACUCUCUUUCUAAUUAAAUAAAUUGGUAUCGAUACUAUUGAGGCCCCCGUAAACGAUCAAAUUUGUUUGACAAACUUGUUUGUCAAACUUCUUGUUUUCAUCAAACAAUUACUGUACCUGUCUUCAAACGCUUGGACAUUAUUUGUAUGUUUUAUAAAUAAACUCGCAAUCCUCCUAGGUAGUACCUAUCAUUGAUUAAAUGUUAUACAAUCAUACAUAUUAUUAUACAUUCUAUACACUAAGUAUAUACAUACAUAUUUAAUCAAUGGCAGUACAUACAAAUUACGGUCUGGGCGAGUUAAAUCCCUUGAGAUUUUAGAUUCACUAAUUCUACAUAAUUUGAUGUUACUUAAUGAAGUUUUCGAUCCCAGACCCCAACUAAACAUCAAUAUCUAAAUUUACGGUGUGUGCUAUGAAUUCAUAAUAAAAUAUUAUCGCUUGUAAUAUCAAUGCAAUUUAAUCAUCAGCAAGUCGGGAAUUACAAUAUAUUGUAUAUUAUUAUGUAAAUAUACGACUUGAUGCUAACAUCACAAGGUCACCAAAAGAUGAAAACAAAAUUAAAUAAGUAUCGCUUAUAGGUGCUUAAAUUACUAUUAUAACUAAUAACUGACUAUUAAACUGCAGUUGGCUCUGUAAUUGUUAAUGUCUAAUCUGAUUUAUGGGUAAUAGUCUCAAACGGUUGGGAACCGCUAAUUUAGACAAUAUUUCCUUUCGGGAAUGGUAACACACGUACAGAUCAGGCAAGAUUUACGGUAGACAAUUUUGUCACAGUGUAGAAAAAAAAAAAAAUAAAUACAUUGAUUAUAUCUACUUCUGGACCAAUGACCAUGCCAAAUGCCAUGCCAAUGCGAUAGCCUCCCCCUCCACAAGGACGCCCCUGAAUAUUAUGUACCUACGCGUAUGUACCCACGGUAACGGUUGCGCAAACAUGUAGCCGACCAUGUUGAACUGGUGUUAUUAACAAUACAUAACUGUACACGAUUACUAAAACUUUAACUGAUAAUCGGUGAUCGACGAAACGUGUUGUAUUCGAAAACUAUAUACCUACUGUAAAUACCUAUUUUUGAAUACGGCGGAAUUCGAUUUAACGACCGAUAGUACGUUUACUGCGAUUUAUUAGUUGACACUUGAUCCGGGUUUGGGAGGCGAUUCGUAUACUGUUUGCGUACUUGAAAUCGCCUCUGAAAACACACUGAGGCUAUUCAAGUGAAAAACGGUCGUCUACCUGCAAUUCGUACGCAAUACGGGUGCGCUCGUAUUUAGUCGACCCGCGUAAGUAUUUUAUUUUAUAGAAGCGAUUAUUAAUUUAUUUCAACGGACGCUGUUAAUUUAUAAAAAAAAAAAAACUGUGCGUUUUUCCAAAUCAAUAACAUUUUCAACCGCACGUUUUACAACCUUCACUGGGCAUUUUUAUGAUUUUAUGUUUUCGGGAAUUAAUGUAGCAGUAGUGUAGUAGGUACUAGGGUAGGCAGGUGAACACUUCGCAAUUUUUCGUAUACCUUUGUACGUAAUAUAAUAUAUCAUCUGAGAUUAUUAUUAUCUAUCGUAUGUUUGUAUUCUCGCGGUAUUUGGGAACGAUGUUUAUCAACAUUGUUUAUACCCUUUGUAUUAUGCGUAGGUUUGCGGUUAUCGGUCAAGCUCGUUUUUCGCAAUUUGGCGAGCCAUUAUUGUAUUUGUCAAUUUCGUUGUCCGUCAACCGCCGACCUUCGUGGUACACGCGCCCCUCCCCCCACCGUGUUAUUUACGUUACUAAUGUUUUCGUCAGUAAUUCUUUCUUUCUUUCCGUUUCUUUUAAAUUGUUCGUUUCUUGGCUGCGAAGUAUUCCGACUUAAAACAAAUCGUGUGUUUGGCGAUUUGUUUUAUUCGGUAGUCAAAUUGUGUGCGUAUAAUAAGGCACAUUUUGUUUCUUCUUACAUAGUUCCAGCAUACGGACAAACAUAAUUGUAGUAUUUGCCUGCCGUGAUAUUGUAUUCCGCAAAGUUUAUGAGCGAGUUCAGUUUUAAUAUAUUUGGUUUCGCGAAUUUCAUCAGGAUCGAGUGAGUCAUGGUGCAUAACGUUGCACGGUUGUUUAUUUCCAUAAUGUUUCGGUUGAGCGUAAUUUUAAAUCGUUAAUUAAGCCACUACAACGAUAUGGCUUCCCUUUCUUCUUCUUUCAAAACUACCAAGUUCAUAUCAGAAAUUAAAUUUAACAUUUGUCCGACAAAAACUAUUUCUGUUUUCGACAAACUUUAUUAGUUCUGAUAUUUAAUAUUAUAUUUUCGAAACUAUUAAAAUUUACAUCGACCACAAAUUUUAGACGUGAUCAUAACUUCCAAACUAAAAAGAGUAUUAUAUAAUUGGAGGAUCCAAUUUUAUGGUGUUGUUUAUAGUGUUUUAACUACCCAUGCUAGUAUGGAUAUAUACCGACAUGUAAGUACCUAUAUUUGUAUUUAGCAUAGCUGUUUUGAAUCCAAGGAACUUUUACUGCUUUUGAGUCGUUCAAGUUCAAUUUAAACUCGUCUUCAGUUUAAAAUAUAACAAUUUGCUAUUUUAUAAAAAAAAAAAAAAUGUUCAUGUAUAACUAAUCAAUAUUAUAAACAUAUAAUAUUAUUCUUAGGUUAAAUUUCCUGAAAUGUAUUAUAUUUUUUUAGUAUGCCAUGUAUCAAUUGUUUAAAAUUGUUAAUUUGAGCUUUUUAUUCAUAAAGGAAAACUAUGUCUUCCCUAAGAAAUAACAAAAAAUUAUUGUUAUUUGCUAAAAUUCCUAUAGGAAUACAAUAUACCUAUUUAGUACAUAUAUUUAAAAUUUAACAGUCAUAUUAUUUAUAAAAAAACUUUUUUAGAAAAUAUUUAAACACAAUUAAAAACACUUAAAAAAAUUACUGUGUUCUCAUAUAGUUAGACUGAAUAUAUUUGAAUGUAAAAAACCUACAUACUAUGUUUAAAUUAACAUUUUUUUAAUUAAAUAUAAAAGAAAAAGGUACUUGUAAUUAAUUUAUAAAUAGUAUUCAAAAUAAAUAAAAAAGACUCUUUAAUGUAAAAAGUACUAAAAACACUAUAAAACACUAAAGCCUUUCAACAAUCGGCACUUCUGGAGUUUGUCUAGGUUCACUAUAUAUGAUGCUAUAAAAGUAACAGUGUAAACAUUUUGGAGGGAGGGGUAAACCCCUAACCUCCAUCCUGUUUUAGUGCUUGUAAUUAGGUACACUUAUUGAAGAUAUUGUUUUAAAUUUACAUUUUCCAGAAGUUUAUUACUAAACAAUCUAUUAUAUAAUAAAAUAAUACAUCAGUACUGAAAGUGAUACUAUUUUUUUUUUCAGCCAUCUAAAUUGGAAUGUGAUCAUAUGUUUUGUUCUAAUUGUCUUGAAGACUGGUUACGUUGUAACAGAACGUGUCCAAUGUGCCGUAGCAGUAAAAUUGGUUUCAAGCCUGUUAAGUGUGAAUUUGUUGGACAACUUAUUAAACAUCUGUCAUCCUCUGCAGCACCCACUAUGGUUGUCCGUAGACAAGCGAGUAAGUUCUUUAGAAUAAACGCCUGA